GAUCACUGCAUCCCUGUCCGCCUGCUCGCAGGCCUACUGAAAAUGGCGAAGCCGGCCGGAAUUUGGAAGGCCUCCAUGCUCCUCCUAGCUUUCGCGAUUCUCCUCCUCUUGCCCGCUCCCUCCUCGUCCGAGAUCAUCUUCGAGGAGAGGUUCGACGAUGGAUGGGAGGAACGGUGGGUUAAAUCUGACUGGAAGAAGAGUGAAGGAAAGGCUGGGUCUUUCAGGCAUUCUGCUGGAAAAUGGGCUGGUGAUCCUGAUGAUAAAGGUAUUCAAACAUACCCUGAUGCAAAGCAUUAUGCUAUAUCUGCAAAAAUUCCAGAAUUCAGUAACAAGGACAGAACUCUUGUGGUACAGUACUCAAUAAAAUUUGAGCAGGAUAUUGAAUGUGGUGGUGGUUACAUUAAGCUUCUUUCUGGUUAUGUCAAUCAGAAGAAAUUUGGUGGUGAUACUCCUUACAGCUUGAUGUUUGGUCCUGAUAUCUGUGGUACACAGACGAAGAAGCUCCAUGCGAUUGUUUCAUACCAGGGGCAGAAUUAUCCUCUCAAGAAAGAUUUAGAGUGCGAGACUGAUAAGCUAACACAUGUAUAUACAUUUAUUCUUCGCCCUGAUGCAUCGUAUAGCAUCUUGAUUGACAACCGAGAAAGAGAAUCUGGAAAUAUGUACACUGACUGGGAUAUUCUCCCACCACUAAAAAUUAAGGAUGUGCAUGCAAAGAAGCCCAAGGACUGGGAUGAUCGAGAAUACAUUGAUGACCCUGAUGCUGUUAAACCAGAGGGUUAUGAUUCAAUUCCGGCUAAGAUUCCUGAUCCCAAAGCUAAAAAGCCUGAUCAUUGGGAUGAAGAUGAGGAUGGCAUAUGGAAACCACCAAUGGUACCAAAUCCUGCCUACAAGGGACCCUGGAAGCCCAAGAAGGUCAAGAAUCCCAAUUAUAAAGGGAAAUGGAGAACUCCUUGGAUUGAUAAUCCAGAGUUUGAAGAUGAUCCAGAUCUUUAUGUCAUGAAGCCAGUGAAAUAUGUUGGAAUUGAAGUUUGGCAGGUGAAGGCUGGUUCUGUAUUUGACAACAUCCUGAUCUGUGACGAUCCAGAAUAUGCACGGCAAGUCGUAGAAGAAACAUGGGCAAAGAACAAGGAGGCUGAGAAAGAAGCUUUCGAAGAAGCAGAGAAGGUCAGACUUGCUCGAGAAGAGGAGGAAGCUCAACGAGCAAGGGAAGAAGGAGAGAAGAGAAGAAGAGAGAGGGGACGGGACUAUCGCAGGGACUACAAGGACAGAUACAGAGACAAAUACAGAAGGAGGGAUCGCUACAUGGAUGAUGAUUAUCAUGAUGAAUUAUGAGGAGCUUCACUCUCUCUUUUUCUGCGUUUUCACAAGGAUCAUUUUCUACUUCCAGCCUCCAUUGUCGGAUACCAAAUUAUGCGGAUUAGGUUGCUUUAGAUGGCAAUAUCAGCAAAGCAGAAGCUUGUAGUUGCUUUCUCUUUCUUCUGAAGUAACCAUGUCAACUUAAACUUUGCCCUCUUGAGAAGACUGCAGCUAUUGUUUGUAGCUUGAAUUCUAGAGCUGGCUUCCCUCUCUUUUGGAGUCCUUUGUUUUUCUUUUGCCUAAAUUUUCAUUUGCUAUUGUAGGAAACCAUGAAAUGAGCUGUAAAUUGAGACCAGUGGAAGGAACUGGUAAACUAGAUCUA